CUAUCAACAUAACAAACAUGAGCAAUUUUUCUUUCCGUGGUACUCUUGAAGGACACAAUGGCUGGGUCACUUCCAUUGUUACUUCUUCUGAAGCUCCUGAUAUGGUUCUUUCUUCUUCUCGUGACAAGUCUAUCAUUGUUUGGCAUAUUACUAGGGAUGAAAUUAACUACGGUGUUCCUCGCAAAGCCCUUGUUGGCCACAACCAUAUUAUUGAAGAUUUAGCUAUUUCUUCUGAUGGUCAAUUUGCUUUAUCUGCUUCAUGGGAUCACACACUUCGUCUUUGGGAUUUGACGACCGGAAAGACUACCCGUCGUUUCGUUGGUCAUACCAAAGAUGUCUUGUCUGUCUCCUUUUCUGCUGAUAACCGCCAAAUUGUCUCUGGUUCUCGAGACAAGACAAUCAAGUUAUGGAACACGUUGGGUGAAUGCAAGUACAAUAUCACUGAAGAUAAUCAUUCUGAAUGGGUCUCUUGUGUCCGUUUCUCGCCUAACCCUGCUCACCCUGUGAUUAUCUCUGCUGGUUGGGAUAAGCUUGUCAAGGUCUGGGAUUUGACGAAACUCAAGAUUCGUACCAACUUUAUUGGUCAUAACGGUUAUGUGAACACGGUCGCUAUCUCUCCUGAUGCCACUCUUUGUGCUUCUGGAGGUAAGGACGGUGUUGUCAUGCUCUGGGAUGUGAAGGAUGCCAAGCACUUGUAUUCUCUUGAGGCUGGAAAUGAAGUCCAUCACCUUGUUUUCUCUCCUAACCGCUACUGGCUCUGUGCUGCCGUUGGUUCUUCUAUCAAGGUUUGGGACCUUGAAGAUAAUAAUGUGGUCGAUGUCUUGACACCUGAAUAUAACACUACAGCUAAACAAGCUGAUCCUCUUUGCCUUUCUCUUGCUUGGAGUGCUGAUGGUACGACACUUUACUCUGGCCAUUCUGAUAAUAUCAUUCGUGUCUGGCAAAUAGUUCAUACUUUGUAAUAUACAUAAACAAUAAAAAAAAACAAGUGUGUCACGUUACUGACAGCCAUCGGAAUAAGCCAACCCGACGUUUAUUCUAGACAACCC